CUGCCGUCGCCGAACACCUUCCGCUGCGGCACUGCUUCCGCGGAACCCCUGCAGCGCCGGCGCCCAUCGCCGGAUAUCUCUGUCGCGCGGGUGGACUGGCCUGCGACGGAGGCGGAUUCGUAGGCCUCGUGGACGCACACUUCGGCUGGUGAAACCCCGCGCCGGCGUCGCCCCUGCACCCACCGCCACCUCCGCGCCGGUGUUCUCCACCUGACAGUGAAGAGCACCUCAAUCACAUCUAAGGAAGACAUGGGCGAUGAGUCUGCGCGUGAGUACUAUGACAUCGUCAGCAAGACUUUUGCUAGUGAGGAUGAUGCCUUUGAGUUCUAUAACAGCUAUGCUCUUGAGAAAGGUUUUAGUCUGCGGAAAAGCUAUGUUGAGUGGGAUGAAGCCAACCAGGAGAUAAUUCUGAGGAAACUUGUCUGUAGUCGUCAAGGUUCGCGAGAAGAGAAGCACAUGAAGAGAGAAGAUAGGAAGAGGAGGCCACGGCAUCUCACUCGUGUUGGGUGUCGAGCCAAAUUGGUCAUUGCAAAACUCAAGGAAACAGGUCGGUGGUUUGUGAAGGAUUUCAUCGAUGAACACACCCAUCCUCUGGCCCCACCGGAUCUUGCUUGCCUGCUGCGUUCUCACAGAAGAAUCAGCGACGAGCAGAAAGCGGACAUUGUAGAGAUGGAAAUAUCUGGGAUCCGCAAACACAAAAUCAUGGAUAUCUUGAUGAUGCAGUACGGUGGAUAUGAUGAAGUUGGAUGCACCACAAGGGACAUAUAUAAUUUCUGCAAUCAAUAUAAGCAGGAAACAGUUGCUGCCGGUGAUGCCAAAACUGAUGAUGGCGCGACAGGAGAGAGAUCCAGAUUUUUUCUUCAAGUACUUGGUUGACCGAGAGGGUCAUUUGAAGGGAUUGUUCUGGGCUGAUAGUCAAUCCCGGCGUGACUACGAGGCUUUUGGCGACGUUGUUGUUUUUGAUAGCACCUACAGGACUAAUAAGUACAAUCUGCCCUUUGUGCCUUUUGUUGGGCUGAAUCACCACCGCAGCACUGUUAUUUUUGGAUGUGGUAUUAUUUCUCAUGAAACAGGCGAGGCAUACGAGUGGAUGCUGUGGACCUUUUCUAAAGCAAUGGCCAAUAAGCACCCGAUAUCCGUGAUCACUGACGGGGACUUGGCAAUGCAGAGAGCAAUCAGAGUGGUCUGGUCUGACACGGUUCAUAAGCUGUGUGUAUGGCACAUUCAAGAGAACAUUGUACGUCAUCUGAGUGAUGAUGCGGUUAAGGAAGAAUUCAGAUCUUUCAUAUAUGAUCGUUCUUCCAUACAAGAGCAUGAGAGCAAAUGGGUAGAUUUCUUAGAAAGGAAUAAAGUAACAAGUGAGGAGUCGUGGUUGCAUCAGAUGUAUAAGAUGAGGAAGUUGUGGUGUGCUCCAUAUCUGGUGGGACGCUGUUUCCUAGGAUUGAGCAGUAAUCAAAGGAGUGAGAGCCUAAACUCUGUUCUGCAUACGCAUCUUGAUGGUAGCAUGACAUUGUUUAAAAUGGUAGAGCACUAUGAGCGUUGUCUUUCGACACGACGCCUAAAUGAGGCGGUGCUAGACAUUGUUGCCUUGCAGUCCGUUCCAUUUACAGAGGUGGAUGCUUCUAGUCUUGAGAAACACGCUGCACAAGUUUUCACACCUGCAAUGUUUGUUUUGGUCAGAUAUAGCACAAAUGCUGUCAGGAAUUGUACCCUCAGCGGUGAAAUACUAGAUACAGAUGAUUUGACCACAUUUGUUGUGGCUAAGAAGCAUAGAGGAGAGAAUUUCCAAGUGGAGUAUGAGAAAAAGGAAGGUUCUUCGGAGAGGAUUUCUUGUUCUUGCCGCAAGCUGGAAUGCUUAGGCACACCAUGUUCCCACAUAUUUUACAUAUUGGGAUUAUUAGAAGUAAAACGACUUCCGAGUUGUUGUGUUCCUACUAGGUGGACGAUGAGUGCAAAGGCCGCAUGUCCUGGGGCAAGAAAGAACUGCAUGUAUGAUUAUUCGGCAAGUCUGAGGAGGUACCGUGAGCUACGGAACUUGAGUCACGCGAAAUGUUUCUCAGCAGCUCAUUCUGUUGAAGCAUAUGAGCAUCUGAAGAUGGUUCUAAAUGUACAAGAUGAUAGGAAGGAAUCAUCCAGUGGUCACAAGGAAUGCAUGAGGUAUGGGCCGGUGCUGCCUCAAACGGCACGACUUGAUUCUGGAGAAUUGGAGAAGGUUCUAGAUCCUGUGCAUGUGCAAGGCCGAGGUGCACCGAAGAAAAGAAUGAAGAAGAAGCGGAAAAGAUCAAACUCAAAAUGCGGUUAUUGCAGGUUGGAGGGUCACAAUAGGCGUAAAUGUGCCAAGUGGAUAGAGGACAACAAUCUGACAGAGCCUUGUUAGCUCUCUUCACCUGGCCGUCCGCUCCAGCAUGGCCGCCGUGUCGUCCGCCACCUCCGUCCACGACUUCACUGUCAAGGUUGUUAGCGGGAAGGGCGUCGGCCUGAGAAUGGCACAAAUUUAUUGAACUUUAUCCCUCUGUAGGCAGAUCAUCGCACCAUUAUACCGAGAUCAUAGCACAUGGAAUAAACUCCUCCUGGCCGUAGCUUUUCCCCUCCUUAAGGCUCUGGCAUUUCUCCAUUAAGGCUCUGUUCAUUGCACAUGUGAAUAUAGUUCUGGCAUUUCUCCAUUAAGGCUCUGUUCAUUGCUACCAACAUUUGGUAAGCAUAUGAUGUUUUUCUUUCUCGAUAUUAGAGUGGUGUGCAUCUUUAUAUAUGUUUAUCUAUUCACAGUGACCUGGAAUGU